AUUGGAUAUUGAGUAAGCGCUGCAUUCUUUCUCAGGGUCAGGCCGGGGGAAGCGCCUGCAGACAUGAGUCAUUUAGAAUGCAAGUAUCAUCCGUAUGCAGUUCUUAUUGAAGAUUCUCAUGCAGGUGACAUGGUGUGCUCAAUGUGUGGGCUAGUUGUUGCUGAUAGGGUGAUUGAUGUGGGAUCAGAGUGGCGUACAUUUUCAAAUGAUGCCAACGCAAAAGAUAUGUGCCGAGUAGGAGCCAGUGAGAACCCUUUAUUGGAUGGUGGUGACCUUUCAACUAUGAUCAGUGGACCAUCACCAUCCGACCCACGACAGCUUGACGAGAACGGAAAACCUCUGUACAGAAAUCGCCGUAAUAUAUCUGCUCCUGACAGAGUUCUUUUGGGGGCAUUCAGAGAAAUCAGUCAGAUGGGUGAGCAUUUAAACCUCCCUAAGAGUAUAUCCGAUCAUGCUAACCUAUUGUUCAAACAAGUUCAUGAAACUAAAAACCUUCGGGGUCGUAGUAAUGAUGCUGUUUCAACUGCUUGUCUUUACAUGGCUUGUCGUCAAGAAGGUGUUCCUCGAACUUUUAAAGAGGUAUGCGCUGUAUCACGUGUAUCAAAGAAAGAAAUAGGAAAAGUUUUUAAAAAGAUUUUAAAGAUACUUGAAACAAAUGUUCAAUCUGUUACAGUUGAAGACUUUAUGUCUAGAUUCUGUGGUAACUUAAACUUGAAUAUUACUGUUCAACGAGUUGCAAAUGUGGUUGCCAGAAGAGCGCUUAACUUGAAUUUAGUUGCUGGUCGUAGUCCAGUUUCAGUAGCUGCAGCAGCUAUCUAUAUGGCUGCUUAUGCAUUAGGCUAUCGUAAAGAAAAACGAGAAAUUGGUGAUGUUGCAGGUUGCGCCGAAGCUACUAUCACAUGUACUUAUCGUGCAAUGCAUACAAGAGCUAGUGAAUUGUUUCCUGAAGAUGUUAGACUUGCUAUCAGACCAGAAGAGUUACCUCUGUGAUUUUGUUUGUAUAUUUUUCAUGAUAGACACCAUAUUGUUAAUAAAUGGGUUCUUGAUAAUA